CCUCCUCCUCUAGGUCCCAGGACCCCAACCUCAGAUCCCUUCCUCCUUCAAGACCCAGGAAUCUGGGCCCCCGCCCCCUCCUCCCCAAGACUUAGGAGUCCCAGCUCCCAGUUCCCUCUUCCUUCAGACCCAGGAGUCCGGGAUCCUCACUCCCUCCUCCCUUGGAACACAGCAAUCUAGCCCCCCAGUGCUCCCUUCCCUCAGACCCAAGAAUCUGAGGCUCCAGGCCCCUCCUCUUGCAGGACCCAGAAGAACGGCUCUCGAUGCUCUGUUCCCUCCCCAAUCCCAAAAUCCUACUAGGAUUUCGGGCUCCUUCCUCCUUUCUCAGCCCCACCCUCCCCCUCUCCCAGACCCCACCAUGGGAUGCCCCCCACCUGCUGCAGUCUGGACCUGGACUUUCCUCCUCUUGCUGUUGGAAGCCUGGGCAGGACGCUUGAGGGCGCAGGAGUCCAAGGUGCUGGACGGCCACGAGUGCCAGGCCCAUUCGCAGCCUUGGCAGGCGGGCUUGUUCCAGGGUGUUCGGCUGCAAUGUGGGGCUGUCCUCAUAAGUGACAAGUGGGUCCUCACGGCUGCCCACUGUAAAAAAAAGAAGUACACAGUACGCCUGGGAGAGCACAGCCUGCAGGAAAAGGAGGGGACAGAGCAAAGAAUGGCUGUGGCUCAGUCCCUCCCACACCCCUGCUACAACAGCAGCAGCGAGGAUCACAAGCACGACCUGAUGCUCAUUCGACUACGUGGGCGAGUAUCCCUGGGGCCCAAAGUGAAGCCCAUCAACCUGGCGGAUCGCUGCGCUGAAGCCGGCCAGAAGUGCACCAUCUCCGGCUGGGGCACUGUCACCAGCCCGCGAGAGGAUUUUCCUGACACCCUCACCUGUGCAGAAGUAGAAAUCUUUCCCCAGAAGCAGUGUGAGGACGUCUACCCCGGGCAAGUCACAGAUGGUAUGAUCUGUGCAGGGAGCAGCAGUGGGGCUGACACAUGCCAGGGUGAUUCCGGGGGCCCCCUGGUGUGUGGUGGCGUUCUUCAGGGCAUCACAUCCUGGGGCUCGGACCCCUGUGGGCAGCCCGAGAGACCUGGCGUGUACACCAACCUCUGCCGCUACCUGGACUGGAUCAAGAAGACCAUGGGCAACAGUGGCUGAUCCUAGGGAGAGCUCUGGAGCCCCCUCAAUAAACUCACAACCUCGGGCGUUGCCCCUUGCCUGUCUGUGCUUCAGUCCUGCC